CGAUACGGCGGCGAAGCGAGCGAGAGUCGGGAAGCGUGCCGAGUGCACCGCAUAACGCGAGUAGACGAGCGAGAGCGAGUAGCGUUUCGUAGCUAGAGUGGUGCGUUGGUGGAAGCCGCAGCAUCCCGCGCGAUACAGUACGGUUCGGUACGACGCGACGCGACGCGACGCGAGACGAGGCGACGUGACGUGACGUGACGUGACGUGACCGCGAGACACCGUCGCUGCCGUUGCCGCCGUUGCCGCCGCCACGCCACGACGCGUGCAACCAACCGGCGAAGCAACCGGAGCGCGAUAUCACCCUUUGUUCUCCGCGGGGAGGAUUAGUGUCUGCCGUUUACGCGAUAUUUUCCCCGUUGACGCGAGUGAGUGAAACAGGACAAUAAAUAUGUCAGACGACAAUUCGCCUGUGGUAGAGGAGCAAAAAAAGAAGAGGGGUAGGCCUGCCAAAGCGGACAAGAACGCAGUUAAAGAGCCCAAAAAGAGGGGUAGGCCCGCAGCAGAAAAAAAUAACGCGGUACGUCCAGCGAAAUCUGAUAAUGAGGACGAUGCGCCACCUGGACCUGUUAAAAAAGGAAGGGGUCGACCUAAGGGCUCCCACAAGAAGAAGCAAGGACCACCAAAAGGCACAACUACUUCGCCACGUGGUCGCGGAAGACCGAAAAAAACAGAAGAAAAACCCGAGAUUACUGGCGAGGAUGAAGAUGAACAAGAAGAGGAAGAAGAAGAAGAGGAAAAUUGAAGAAGCAUCUUCGGAUGCAAUAGGGGAGGAUGAAACUAACACAGCUGACCUAUCCUUCGAAGAUCUUUAAACAAAGUCGUUUUAAUUAAAGUUAAGUUCUUUUAAACUCUAAUUUCUUGUUCUAACUCGGGAAUUUUUGAGCAAAUCGAGUGGUAGGCACUGUUCUAUAACCAAUUAUUGGAAUUUUCUCUAAGAAAUUCUAUAAAAUAUGGUGUACAUUGCCACACGCUAACAAAUUCAAAGAGAAACGUAGGAUACAAAAGUUGUGUUACGCGAAUUUAUUAAGUUCUUUUUAUAUUUACUUGACAUUACUACUAUUAAUAAAUAAUGAAAUCAUACUUUUAAGUGCUAAGACUACGUACGUGUAACUUUUUUCAACAGUAAAGGACUGGAUUAAAAUACAGA